AUGCUCGAGCCCGUGGUUUCGGCAUGCGUGGUGCGGCCGUCACCGCAGUCGCCGAACUGUUUCCGGAUUCCCAUCCCACUGGAACCGCUCAAGGACGGCCACUCCAUGGAUCCAAAGGAGCGGACCUUCCUGGAGGCGGCCGAGCGGGGCGACCGGCACACGAUGAUUCGCUGCCUGUCGCCUCCGGAGCCGGUGAACGUGAACUGCACCAACAUCCUGGGCCGCAGCGCCAUUCAGAUCGCCGUGGACAACGAGAACGUCGAGAUCGUCGAGUUGCUGCUGCGCCAACCGGACGUGCAAAUCGGGGACGCUCUGCUGCAGGCCAUCCGAGAAGGUGCGUACAAAAUUGUGGAGAUGCUGAUCGACCACCCGAGCAUCACGGCCGAGAUGCUGGCCAGCGGCUGGGCGCGGAGUCAGGCGCAGGAGAGCUCCGACUACUCGGCCGACAUUUCGCCCGUCAUCCUGGCCGCGCACUGCAACCAGUUCGAGAUCCUGCAGCUCCUGCUGUCUCGGGGCGCGGGCAUCGAGCGGCCGCACGCGCUGUCGUGCUCGUGCCGACGCUGCUGCGAGGACACCCGGCGCGACUCGCUGCGUCACUCGCUGCGUCGCAUUCACGCCUUCCGAGCACUCGCCUCGCCCGCCUGGAUGUCGCUCACCAGCGAGGACCCCAUACUGACCGCCUUCAAGCUUUCCUGGGAGCUGGGCAGACUGGCGCAGCGUGAGAACGAGUUCAAGGAAAUUUACCUAGAGCUGAGCAAUCAGUGCAAGAAGUAUUCAUGCGAGCUACUCGACCUGUGCCGUAGCAGCGAGGAGGUGAUCGCGGUGCUCAACAAGCGCACCGACGACCAAGUCCCCGCCGAGGACUACUGCCAUUCCCAAAUAGUGUCCGAGGGCCUAACGCUGUCGCGGCUCAAGAUGGCGCUCAAGUACGACCAGAAGCAGUUUGUGGCGCACCCAAACUGCCAGCAGCUGCUGACCUCCAUCUGGUACCAGGGGCUGCCCGUGUGGCGGCGCCGCAACGCGCUCAGCAAGACGUGCAUCUGCGCUGGCCUCAUCGUGCUGCUGCCGGCGAUCGCCUGCUACUACCUGGCCUUUCCGCGGUCCCGCUUCAGCCGCGUGGUGCGGUCGCCCUUCAUGAAGUUCAUCUACCACAGCGCCUCGUUCGGCUGCUUUUUGCUGCUGCUCAUCCUGGCCUCGACGGGCACCGACCGCGCCCGCCAGAACAUCCGCGGCCCCGCCCCGUCGGCCGUCGAGUGGCUCAUCCUGUUCUGGGUCACCGGCAUGGUGUGGGCCGAGUGCAAGCAGCUCUGGGAGGAGGGCCUCAAGGCGUACGUCUGCCAGUGGUGGAACUGGCUCGACUUCAUCAUGCUUUCGCUCUACUUGACCACCGGAUCGCUGCGCGCUGUCGCCUACUUCCAGGUGCAGAGCGGGCAGUACGGCGCUCGCGUUCUGGACCGCGUGCAGUGGCCAGCCAAUGACCCGACGCUCAUCUCGGAGGGCGUGUUCGCCAUGGCCAACGUGUUCAGCUUCGCGCGCAUCAUCUACCUGUUCCAGACCAACCCGCACCUGGGUCCGCUACAGAUCUCGCUCGGCUGCAUGAUCGUCGACAUCGCCAAGUUCCUCUUCAUCUUCUUUCUGGUGCUCACGUCGUUCGUGUGCGGACUGAACCAGCUGUACUGGUACUACGACCCCACCAUGGGCUUCUGCGAGACGAAGGAGGUGGGCGGCGUCAACAUCACCUUCAACUGCCACCACAACCCGGAUGCCUUCCUCACGAUCGAUGCCAGCUACACGUCGCUGCUGUGGUCACUGUUCGGGGUGAUUCCCAUCAAGGACAUCAGCGCGCGCAAGGACCAGCCCUUCACCAAGUGGGUGGGCCAUGCCCUGCUGGGCGCCUACAUGAUCAUGGCCAUGACUGUCAUGAUCAACAUGCUCAUCGCCAUGAUGAGCCGAUCAUUCCAGGACAUCGAGGACCACAAGGACCGCGAGUGGAAGUUCGCCCGUUCCAAGCUGUGGAUGGGCUACUUCGACGAAGGCUCGACCCUGCCUCCCCCCUUCAACCUCAUCAUCAGCCCGAAGUCCGUGUGGUACUUCGUGCGCGCACUGCUGCGACUCGGCUGCUUCCUCUGCAAGAGGGCCUUUGCCGCCACGCCACGGCUGCAGCAGGCCGUCAAGGUCACUCCUGAGUCGCACGACCCUGUCUACAUCGUAAACGACAAGGCCAACCGGAAACCAGGAGCAAGGCGCAACACGGUUGUUCUUCAGUUCAAUGGUCAAUCAAGCACCGUCCAAUACCAGGAGGUGAUGAAGCGCCUCGUAAAUCGCUACAUUCAUCGUGCCAAGAAACAGCUUCGCCAAGAUGGCGUCAACGAGGAUGACUUGCUUGAAAUCAAGCAGGAUAUCUCCAGUCUCAGGUUCGAACUCCGUGAAGAUCGCAAGCGCGAGGCAGCGCACAAUGUGCGCCAGCUGGACACGCUAAGGCGGGACAUCUUCAAGGGCGUGCCGGCCGGGCCCGAUGCUCCGACCGCGCCGCAGCCGUGCUCCUCGUAUGGACUGCUGUCGCCCGAAGAAGUGGAGCAGCUGCGCAUGCAGGUCAUCGAGGGCGUGCGCGAAGAACUGAGACGUCUUGCACGAGAGCUGCACGUGCAGCACUGCCACCGGGGGCCUGCAUUUCCAGGGGCCUCGCUGCCACCUGACCUCUACCAGACGCACCUAUUCACGCAAUUAUGAGGCUCGCUGCGUGUGAAUUUACAUGCGUGGUGAUGUCACAUAGCUCCGAGACGGUACAGUUAAACCUCGAUGUAACAAGCUUCAGUAUUUUCGAUAUAAGAAGGUAUUUCACUCUUCACAACUUGAUCUCAAUAUAGAUGUAUUUUGAACCUCGA